AUUCACUCUCAAAUCUCAGACAUUGCAACACAUAUCGCUGAAACAGUGCGCACACUACAAAACCUUUACAUCUCUGCUACUGCCGUCGAUCAUUUACCAGCACUUUUCCUACUCUUCGCCGUCAAUUCAUCUCAGCCUCGACAUCCUACACUCAAACACUCAAACACAGUCUAUUCACUCAACAACGUUCAUUCACCGAAACUACUCUAUUCUUGAAACCCGAGACUCUUGUCUUUACACUCCGUGGAUUUUCUCCACCACAGUCCAGCAAUGUGCAACGGCAGCUCAUCCCGCGUCAGCCAAGGAGGCUCGAUAGCAGUACUGCGCCCAACAUCCCACCUAGCACGCACACAUCCGGAACAAGAAAUGGUCCUAUUCUUUACCAACCCACUUUCAAAAUGCGGCACCAAUGUCGAAUGUCAAGGGCUUAAUGACGUAUUCCAACAAGACAGCCAUCGGCUUGUCAUACAUUGUGACGGCGAUCUCUGCUCAUCACAGCAUCAAAGCGCAUCGGAUGCUUUGUACACUUUCGAAAUAGAUUCGCCACAAAGAGGUUUCAUGCAGUUACCGGAGAAACUGCACCUCGGUGUUGGAGAUAAGGGAAUCAUUGGAAGAAGGAUCUCGGUCAUGACACGGUCGACGCAACAUCCUUUGACUCUGGCCGAGGGUAUUCUGGGAUGGAAUUGAAUGAGUGCCAGUUGUGAACACAGUAUUUGACCAACGAUAUCAUAGUGAAGCAACUAUCAAAGUGAGGUGAGAGUGACAAUGAACGACAAAUGACUCUUGCACGCUUUAAGAGAGCCCUGGAAAGGGUUUAUCGAGGUAUAAACGGUAUCGUGAGGACGAGAAGAGAUUAGGGGCAAAUAGAAGCGCAUGACGCAGA